CCACAAGAAAAUGUUUGUAAGGUGGAGGAGGAUGGGGUUUUCAGUGACCAGCACCUGGAUAACCUGGAGAGGAGCUGCAGCCCGGACCAGGGGGAACCAGGGCAUCCACAGACUACAGAACUGGAGGAAGACUCCAGCGGUCAGGAGAUGAAACGCAAGGACGUAGAGGUGGAUGUCUCAUUGGUCAAUGUCGCUGAUGUGAAAGUUGAAAAUGGUGAACCAGGACCAAACUGUGGCCAGCUGCUGUUGCACACUUCUCCUGAAGCUCAAAACAAAGAUGAGGAAGGGACUGAAAGUUUACGCUCAGACUCCAGUAAAACUGCAGAUCCGGAGCCAAUGAGACGACACGGUGACCACGAAGAUGCUGCUGUCCCGUCAGACAGCAACUGUAAAUCAAAUCUGGACAGGACCCACACGGGGAAGAAGGCGUUUUCUUUCAGCACUUGCAGGGAAGAUUUCAGUAAAAGUUGUAAUUUAAUGGAUCACAUGAAGAUACACACUGGCGAAAGGCCGUACCUGUGCAACACCUGCGACAAAACCUUUACUACAUUAUCAAAUCUUAAACGGCACAUAUACACGCACACGGGCGAGAAUCCCUACAUCUGCAAAACAUGUGGAAAAAGUUACAGGCAACGUUCCCACCUGGUGGGUCACUCGAGGACCCACACUGGCGAAAAGCCAUACCUGUGCAACACCUGCGGAAAAUCGUUUGGACACGCAUCACUUCUUAAAAAUCACAUAUACACGCACACAGGCGAGAAGCCCUACAUCUGCAAAACAUGUGGAAAAAGUUACAGGCUACGUUCCACCCUGGUGGUUCAUUCGAGGACCCACACCGGCGAAAGGCCGUACCAGUGCAACACGUGCGGAAAAACCUUUACUGAAUCAUCAGCCCUUAAACGGCACAUAACCACGCACACGGGCGAUAAUCUAUAUUUGUGCAAGACGUGCAACAAAGGUUUUAGCCGCAGAAUUGAUUUGCUGAGACACAUGAAAAAUCACCCGGAGGAGAAGUCUGGUGACUCGUGACAAAUGAAUUUCAUGUUGUCGUCCUCCGGGGGCAGCUGUCCACUCCUGUCUGACCCACAGAAGAAGAACCCGCAGAAGUCCAACCACCACCUCCUGCGGCUGAUGAGCCUAAUCCCCUCCCCACAAGGGUUGCAGGUUCAACCCGGAUUUAUGCUUCUCCGUCAACUUGACGCAGAGGGAACGAUGUGGCUGUGUACUUUUUUUUUUUUAUUCUGCAUUGAGUUUGUUUGAAUCCCUGUUCCUUCUUAAAAUUGUAUUAUUUGUUGCUGUUGGUAACUUGCUGUCUCCACGGUGCAAAUAAAGAGCUGUUAGUAUGUGCUGAUUUUUCUUUAAACGUGACAGUUUAUUUUGUUCAUCUACAAAGCCUUUCUCACACGUCCUUUUUCCCAUCCGUUUCUUCUUCACUCACAUUCUCUUUGUAAAGUUAAUCUGCUGCUCCAUGUUAUUAAACUCUCUCCAUCUACUCCGUUCAGAGGUUAUAUAUUGUGAUGUUAUACAUAGUUCUCUGAAAACUGUAAAAGGCUUUAUGCAUUUUAAAAUCUGAGCUGCACAUACAUCAGAUUAUCGUGAUAA